UAUAAGACUGAGUCUCCCUUUCUCGAAUGUGAAAACAGUUGCAGAUCUACAGUAGCCCCUUCAAGACGUAAUUCAUGCUAGCUGUGUGGAUAGUGCCUUAAUUUGAGCUUGUCAACAAGUAGUUUAUUUGAAAAGGUGUAAGUCCGAGGACAAACAGCUUGGACUUGAAACUUAAAUUUGUGGCCACAAGGUUUUGUUUGCCGUGAAUCUUCCUUUAAACUUCUGGCAAUGAAAAUUCCUGUGUUCUUAAACUUACGUUUACAGAAAGCUGGAUUGAAAGAAGAUGCAAACGCCGAUGGAAAUUCUCCUAGUCAAACUGACUUGUCUAAUUAAGACCAUACAAUCGAUUAAACCUUUUGAAUCAGUCUUUCAGUUGAAAUUGGAGAUCAAAAACCCCAAUAAAAAGACGGGUAUAUGUCCCAAUUGCAAUUCCUUUUCAUGAUUAAUGCGUCACCGAAAUUUUUACUCUAGCUGGGACCCUGCUCAUUUCUUUCGUUCUACCAAUUUCCUUCAAGUACUUGAAUAUUUCCGUGUUAAAUGACAAACAUUCGAUCGAUAAUUAGCUACUUAAAAGUGUGCCUGUGAAAAACUGAUGAAAUUUUUGUAUCCAGAAAAAUAGAGAAGCAGCGGAAGUGUGAGCUGAUCUGUGUCAGGCAUGGGUACCUUUCAGCACUUUGCCAGGAGUUUUAGAUGAGACAAGCCUUUGGAAAAUAAACCUUCUUUCAUAGUUUUACCAAGGCCCAAGACCCAUGGCCUCCGCUUUUCUCUCCAGCUCGGCCUAAACUUGAGCUGAUGAUCUCAUGUUUGCAAGAAAAUACUAUGGCUGUGACAUGUUUAAUUCAACUUAUUCUGUCCUUGAUUAAUUUUCCUUUCUUCCUCCAUGCAGUUGAAACUGAAUAUGCCUCUGCUGAACUCCCAAGCACCUGGAUAAACAAUGAUUUCAUAUCAAGAGGAAGUGUAGACUUUGUUGACGGUUCAACUAUUAGAUCUAUACUUCUCAAUACCGGCAAUCCAGCAAAUUUCCCAGCUUUCGGAUGUGGUUUUUACGGUCGUAGAGCCACGAAUGCCUUCUAUUUUGCUGUUUUUGCUGUCGAAGCAACAAGUGAUUCUGCAAUUAUUCAGUCAGGUUCCCCACAAAUACUUUGGAUAGCCAACAGAGACGAUCCUGUCACGGAGAAUGCCACGCUUGAGUUCAAGGAAGAUGGAAAUUUGGUGCUAUCUGAUGCUGAUGGUAUGUUUGUAUGGUCCUCGAAUACAUCAAACAGUUCAGUUAAUUAUAUGAACAUAACUGGAAAUGGGACUCUUAAGCUUGUUUAUUCCGAAACGGGUUCUUUUAGCAUCCCCAUUUGGCAAUCUUUGGAUUACCCCAUAGAUACAUGGCUCCCAAAUCAAAGAAUACGGCAAGGGCAAAAGCUGAUCGCCAGUGUCUCGGCAUCAAAUUGGACGCCGGGUCAAUUUUACUUGUCCUUUGCAAAUGAGAAGCUAUAUGCUUUUAUUCAGUCUAGUCCCCCACAGACAUACCAUGAAGUCUUUGCUGAAGGUGAAGAAUCUAAGCAAUUUAAGACUGGAAGGCUCGAACUUGAAUAUACAAGUCAGACAAUUGCAGCUCGUUACACCCCUGACACAGAAAAUUUUCAGUUUCUGAGGUUAGAUACAGAUGGUCAUUUGAGAGCCUACCAAUGGUUUAAAGGAAACGCAUCGGCAGUUGCUGACAUCUUGACAGACAAGCAUGGCAAAUGUGCAUAUCCGACGGUUUGUGGAAACUAUGGGAUAUGCACAAAAGAACAAUGUAGUUGUCCUGUAGGAAAUAAUGGAGACACUAGCUAUUUCAUGAACUCCAGUACUGGAUGCAGAAGAGUCACCCCCCUGUUCUGCCAAUCAAGUCAUCUUCACUCAUUUAUAGAGCUUCCUAACGUUUCUUAUUUUGGUUUUGUGGCAGCUAUUCUCGACACAAGCAUUGAGAGUUGCAAACAAGCUUGUUUAAGGAAUUGUUCUUGCAAAGCAGCUUUGUUUCACUACAAUUCUAAGAACAUGAGUGGCAACUGCUCCUUACCAUCUCAAAUUUUUUCAUUGAUGAGCACCUCACCAGUAUUAUUUCCUUACAACUCUACAUCCUUCAUAAAGGUGCAGAGAUCAACAUUGGUUCUAUCAGGCCCUCCAUCACCACCAAGUCCACCGAGUUCAACAUUGUAUCUAUCAAGCCCUCCAUCACCAAGUCCACCGAGUUCAUCCUUCAUAAAGGUGCAGAUAUCACCAUUGGUUCUAUCAAGCCCUCCAUCACCAAGUCCACCCCCUCCACCACCAAGUCCACCCCCUCCACCACCAAGUCCACCGAGUUCAACAUCAUAUAUAACAACCCCUCCAUCACCAAGUCCACCGAGAUCAACAUUGUUUCCAUCAAGCCCUCCAUCGCUAAGUCCACCCUUGGUUCGAUCUCCAAGUCCACCAUCGGCAAAAAAGAAAUCAAUUCGGAUUGAACUAAUCAUUGUACUUGUAGUUGCAGCUUUGAUAGUCACAUUUAUCCUAAUUUUGGCAUGUGUUCGCAUCCUAAGAAAGCGGGGGUCUAGAAAGAAAGAAGGAAGGAAGAAAACUGAAGAUGACUGGGAGAAGUCAUUGAAUCUUGUAACAUAUUUGCCAACAAGAUUCCAUUAUGAAGAUCUCAAGUCUGCAACAGAAAAUUUCAAUAAAAGGAUUGGGGGAGGAGGAUUUGGAUCAGUGUUUGAAGGGACUUUGCGUGAUGGUACAAAAAUUGCAGUAAAGCGCUUGGAUCGUGUAGGUCAAGGUAGGAAAGAGUUUUUAGCAGAGGUGAAGACAAUAGGCAGCAUACAUCAUGUCAACUUGGUGAGAUUAAUAGGCUUUUGCAUUGAAAGUUCAAACACGUUGUUGGUUUAUGAGCAUAUGACUAAUGGUUCGUUGGAUGAGUGGAUCUUCAACAAAAGCUCAACUACAACACCUAAAUGGGAAAUCAGGAAAAAGAUCAUCCUUGAUAUUGCCAAGGGACUAGCAUAUCUUCAUGAGGAUUGUCAAAUGAGAAUAGCUCAUUUAGAUGUUAAGCCUGAAAACAUUCUCCUAGAUGACAGCUUUAAUGCCAAGUUAUCAGAUUUUGGUUUGGCAAGGCCAAUUGACAGGAGCCAAAGCCAUGUUAUAACUCAAAUGCGAGGAACAAGAGGUUAUCUAGCCCCUGAAUGGUUAACCGGAAGGAUAACAGAAAAGGUAGAUGUGUACAGCUUUGGUGUUGUCAUAUUAGAAGUUGUUUGUGGAAGAAGAAAUCUGGAUUUCUCUCGGCCUGAUGAAGAUGACUAUUUACUUUUGCCCAUACUGAAACAAAAGGCAGAACAAAAUCAACUUUUCGACAUGGUCAAUCAUUGUAUCGAAGGCAUUCGGCAAAAUGCAGAAGAAGCUGUCAAGAUGAUAAGGAUUGCCAUUUGGUGCCUGCAAAGUGAUUAUAACAGAAGGCCUUCAAUGUCCAUGGUAUGCAAGGUUUUGGAAGGUCUACUGACCAUGGAACCUGUUUCUGAUUAUAGCUUUUUGACAUCAACGGUAGUUGAAGCUCCAGCAGAAGUUAUCAUGGUACCUUCAAGUCCACAGCCAGCAUCUGUUCUAUCAGGACCCAGGUGA